ACGUGUCAGUUAUAUCGUACGUGUCAUCGAAACAUAAGAAAACGGUAACUCGUCAAAACCUAAUAAUCGGUGAUGGGAUUUCAGUAUUGGCGGGUUAUAGAUUGCUUCGAACUAUAAUCAAGAACCCUAAAUCUAGAUCUUUACAGAAUCUAUGUUCAUCUUCUUCAACUGUGUUUCAUUCUCCAUGUACUACUCCUCCAAUUUCAUCAAACUUUUCUUCUAACUCUAGAUUUCUUUCUCCGUUCUCAAGAUGUUUUCAAUUCUCAGACCCUAUGUAUAUAUCGUCUUCGCCAUUACAGUCUGCCAUGCUUUUGUUUUUACAUGGAGAAGCUGUUCAUCGGAAAAAGACCGAAGAAUCUUUGGAUUUGAAUUUGCUUGAGAAGAAGAGUGGUGGUAGUAGUUGUAGUAGUGAAUUAGGGGUUGAAUCAACUGCUUCUGUUCCUAGGUUAGUCGACGCGAUUGACCAGAAGGAAUCGAGUACCAAUGUUGAUACUAACGAGGGUUUUGUUAAUUUGCCGAAUAUGAUCUCGAUGAGUAGAUUAAUUUCUGGUCCUUUUCUAGGCUGGAUGAUUAUGAAUGAAUGGUAUUUGUCUGCCUUUGUGGGAUUGGCCGGUUCUGGAGCAACUGACUGGUUAGAUGGUUAUGUGGCAAGGAAAAUGGGGAUUAAUUCAGUGGUAGGAUCAUACCUUGAUCCCCUUGCUGACAAGGUACUUAUUGGCUCUGUAGCUGUGGCAAUGGUGAAAAUGGAUCUUUUACCCUCUUGGCUUGUUGGACUUGUUCUGUUCCGGGAUGUUGGUCUUGUAGGUGGUGCACUCUACCAAAGAGCAACUACCUUGGGUUGGCAGUGGAAAAGUUGGACUGAGUUCACCAACCUCGAUGGGACUCAUAGGCGGAAGAUGGAACCCCUCUUUCUGAGCAAGGUUAACACAGUGUUCCAACUGGUUUUAGUUGCUGCUGCUCUUCUACAACCAGAAUUUGGCACCUUAGAAACUGAAGAGUACAUCAAAUACUUGAGUUGGCUGGUAGCGGCAACAACAGCGGCAUCGACUGUAGCGUAUGGAGCACAAUACUAUCGACAUAGACCAAUGGUUAUUGCAGGAGGAUCGUUUCCAAGAAGCAAGUAGACCUCCCACCCACCCAAUAUGCAGUUGGAUGUUUCCAGUCAGCAUUUCCAUACCAAUAACACUGUUGUGUUGGUUGCCCAUAUUUUGGAGACCCUUGAUGUUUUGCUCAUUUCUUCUUUCAUUUUUCAGUGUCAUCUUUGUUGACAUUAUUGAAAACUUCGUAACUUCAGAAGAGAAUGAAAUAUAUGAGCUAGGAAAUGGGUCCGACUAUUCUGCAGCAAUGUAAAAAAGAAGAAGAAAAGAAUAAAGGAUCAGACCAAAAAAAAUUGAAAUUGUAACCUGUUUUAUCUUUCAGUGGACCUAAAUUGGUCUCUUUAUUCAGUUUAUUGAUUUCUGAAUAAAUUGGUCUCAGAAAUUCUUUGGCAA